ACCUUUCUGAUUUGCUUUGCCCUGACCCAUCCGAGGCUGUGGUCCUGCUGUGGUGUGGGCUGUGAAUGACCCUUCUCUUGGUGAUUCCACUUUGGAAGAAAUCACAUUUCUUGCAGGAAAACAAGGGGCAUGCUAAGGUGUGGUGUUGGGGUUGCUCUUUUCUGUUGCAGUUUCCCCUUUCCCAUGGGGUUCUGGUGCAGCAGCCUGAGGUUGACCAAGAGGCUGCCCUCAUGUUGCAACUUUUCUCUUGGUUUGUGCUUGGCAAUUUGAAGGUUGUUAAGGGGAAAAGAUGAUUUGGAGGAAGGAAGAGGUGGGAGGAAUGGAGGAAGCUCGGUGGGUGGAAAGUUGUAUGGGGAUUCCCAGUCCUAUCCUGCAGCUGCAGGAAUUUCUGUUUUACAUGUGGACGCUGCUUGAAGCAGCUGAAUUUUCUUCAGUGUAAUCCACCUGUGUUGCUGAGCUGUUCCUGAAGAGCUGAUCAGAAGAGCAGCUGCUGGCAGCUCGAUCCCUAUCCCUUUACUGCGCUGAUGUUAUAAAAUAAAUAAAACCCCCUCAAAGCACACAUCCACUUCUUGCCAGGAGGGCUGGGCUGGGGGCAUGAUGCUGCUCGAGAGGGAGAGGAGGGGAGCAAGCAGCAGUGUUGGGAUAUUUUCAAAGCCACAUGGCUGCAGGAUGUGGGGAAAGUGUGAAAUGCAGCACUGUUGACAGAUGCCCCAGUGCAGAACUGGUGGCUGCUCUGCAGGACCAGCUCUGGUGUGUGGCUGCUUUCUGUGGAGGACAGGGUGGCUGGGUGCUGUGGGGGCUCUUCCAUCCCAUAGUGCCCUGUCAGUGAGCACCUUCACUGCUGGGGAAAGGGGGGUUCACUGGCUUGGGUUUGGUCAGUCAAAGUUAUGAUCUGGGGAUGAAGAAGGGGAUGACAUACAUUGUUUCCUCUCCCAGCCCCUCCUGGGCUACAGGGAAGAAGAUGGAUUGACCUUUGGGACAUCACCUUGUUUGGUGGCACCAUAUGAAGGAAAUCUCAUCAGAAGGUCACCUCUGAGCUUCCAGAUCACCCAAGGGCAGAAUAUUACCACAGUUUCCGUUGGCUCCUUCCGCAAAGGCUAUAUUAGCACUAAGUGAGAACGCGAGUGGGAGAGAAAACCCAGCAGGUUGCACCUACCCUUGGCCCCAAGAGCACACCAGAGAGGCCACCGGCUGCAGGAUGAGUUGGGGCCAACGCUGUGUGCUACACCACGCACACUGGCAGUUAUGAAGACACCACUUGCCAAGUCCUUGCUGAGAACCUGCUGCUCAUUUGCCUGAAGUUCAUCUUUUCCCCAGAUGCAAAUGCUGUCAACUCCGGUUCCACCAAGUUAGUAACAGGGCACCUUGUGCUGGAGACCCUCUGCUUCCCCAGGAGAGAACCUCCAGCAGGGGCAGGCGUGCUGCUGCUGACAUGGAGGCCCCACUCCCUGGUCUCUUCCUGCUUCUGGUCCUCCUGGCAUUGGGAUGGGGAAGCAGGGCAGUCACAGCCUGGGCAACAUCUUCUGGCAGCUGCAAGCUUGUGCAGAGCACCAUGGACUGCACUGGAAGAUGGCUCAGCUCUGUCCCAGGAGAUGUUCAAGGCGAUACCGAGGAGCUGUUGCUUGAUGACAACACUAUUCAGGUUCUGGGCAAUGAGUCUCUGCUCUUGUACCACCAGCUGCGGUGUCUCAGCUUGACCAAGAACCGGCUGGAGCUCAUUGAGCCUGGUGCCUUCCUCAGCAGCCAAGGCCUCCAUGUGCUCUCCUUGGCAGACAACCUUCUCUUCACCAACUACUCACUGACAGCAGCUGCUUUUUCUGCUCUGCCAGCUUUGAGGAUGCUGGAUCUAUCUGGAAACCACCUCACUGAGGACAUGGUAUCAGUUUUGGUCUGCAACCUGUCUUCCCUGGAGUCCUUGUCAGUGGCCAGGAACAUCAUCAUGAGGUUGGACUCAUCCAUCUUCACGAACCUGACACAGCUGUUGGAGCUGAACCUGGAGAAGAACUACAUCUUUGAGAUUGAUGAAGCUUUCACAGGGCUGCAGCGGCUGCAGAAGCUCAAUGUAGCUUACAACUACCUCCCGUGUGUAGUAGAGUUUGGGCUGACCCAGCUCAGGGUGCUCAAUGUCAGCAACAAUGUCAUUGAGUGGUUUCUGGCCCUGGAAAGUGAUGACCUUUUUGAGCUGGAGGUGCUGGACCUAUCCCACAACCACCUCCUCUUCUUCCCUGUGUUGCCGUGGCAAAGCAAGCUGCACUCCUUGCUGCUGAAGGACAAUGAGAUGAGCUUCUACCAACGUCUUCCCAAUGGCACAUCCCUGGCAGAUGUUACAGUACAGUUCCUGCUCGUUGAUGGCAACUCCACCAACAUCACAACGGUCAGCCUCUGGGAUGAGAUCUGCCACAGCAACCUCUCCUCCCUGCGCCUUCUAGACAUGAGCUGGAAUCAGCUCUGGUACCUGCCAGAGGGUUUCCUGGCCCAGAUGCCUUCCCUGACCCACCUGAAGCUCAACCAGAACUGCCUGGAGAUGUUUCACCUGUCUGAGAGGGACCCUUUACCCAUGCUGACAGAGCUGGACCUCAGCCAGAACAGGCUGGUGGAGCUGGGGGUGGAGGUGGGUGCCAGGGAUGUCCUGCCCAACCUGCAGCUCUUCAACCUCAGCACCAACAAGCUGCGGACGCUUCCUCCUGGGGUUUUCACCUACACCAGAAAGAUCACUACUGUGGACCUCAGCCACAACCAGGUUGAACUCUGUCCCCAGCCUGUUGUUGCAGGUGAGGCAAAGAGUCCCCCCUGUGUGGACAUCAGGGGUGUCAAGACCUUGACUCAUCUCUCCUUGGCUGGCUGUGGUCUGAGGGGACUAGGUGGUCACCCCUUCCAGGGAACACUGCUGAUGCAUUUGGACCUCUCCGACAACCAUCAGGUACUGUCCGGGGAGCUGGGGUGGCUGCAGGACCUUGCUCUGACACUGCAGGUGUUGUCUCUGAGGAACACCAGUCUCUCCUCUACCACUGUGGACUUCUCUGCCUUUAGCAGCCUUGUGCACUUGGACCUUUCGGGGAAUUCCUUGACUGCCUUCCCCACCUCACUGGGUGCCCUGAAACUGCGCAGCCUGAACCUGCGGAACAACUACCUCCCGGCUCUGCCAAAGGACAUGGUGCAGGCACCACUGGGGAAGAGCCUGCGGGAGGUCUACCUCAGCCAGAACCCCUACAACUGCUGCACGCUGGGCUGGUGGGACUCCCUGCAGCGGGUCGAGGGCUUGUGUGUCCCUGACGGGCAAGAGGUGACCUGCAGCUAUGCCUCCCGCACGCUGAGCCCCAGGGCACUGCCCGAGCCCGUCCUGCGGAGCUGCCGUUGGCAGACGGCUGAUCUGGCUCUGCUCUACCUGGUGCUGGCCCUGCCCACCUGCCUGACGCUCCUGGUGGCCUUUGCCAUCGUCUUCCUCACACUCAAGCCAAAGCUGCUGAAAAUGGUUAAAACUCGGUGCGGGGUGUCCAGCUCUUGCUGAUGGCUGAGGAGUAGGAGGAGGAAGGGCUCAGGAAUGCUGCAUGCAAGUGAGUUGUCAGGAUUGCAGGCAGUAGCCCCUCCAAGGUGGGUGAGUUGGAGUCAUGAUGGAUGGAGCAUCCAGGGGUGCAGGGAGAACUACUGUUCCUGCUACGGAUUCCGUAAGGGUACCUGAAGGGUGUGGGGCCAUGUCUGGUGAUGCAGCCUGAGGCCAUGCUGAACAUUCUCCAACCAUCAGCUGAUGUUGGCAAGAGUCAGAAUCAGAGAAUCAAAUUGUUUGGGUUGGAAAGGACCUUAAAGCUCCUCCAGUUCCAACCCCCUGCCAUGGGCAGGGACACCUUCCACUAGACCAGGUUGCUCCAAGCCCUGUCCAGCCUGGCCUUGAACACUGCCAGGGAUGGGGCAGCCACAGCUUCUCUGGGCAGCCUGUGCCAGUGUCUCACCACCCUCACAGGGAAGAAUUUCUUCCUAGAAUCUAAACUAAAUCUCCCUUCUUGUCAGUUUAAAGCCAUUCCCCCUUGUCCUAUCACUACAGGCCCAAGUAAAUAAGUCCCUCUUCAGAUUUCUUGUUGGUCCCUUUAGGCACUGGGAGCUGCUCUAAGGUCUCCCUGGAGCCCUCUCUUCUCCAGGCUGAACAAGCCCAGCUCUCUCAGCCUAUCAAGUUGAGCAGACAUGACACCAAACACCUCUUGGGCAAAGUGGCAUGGACAGUUUCCCCCAAACAUGUUCCCCCACCCUCCCUCAGGCUGUUUGUUUUAUUUAUUCACCCCAGUAGCCAGCUCCCUAUUGCAAAACAUCCUCCAGGUCUGCAAACAGCCUCCAUGAAUUGCUCUGGGCUGGAGCUGCACCACCAGGGCGCUACAGAGAAGGGUUCUGUGGCCACAGCUCCAGCAAGCACACAGGCAGCCCUGGGUCACCCCAGUGUGUGUGCCGAUAAGACAGGUGUUGUCAGCAGGGCUGAAAGAUGUGUUUUGGGGUGUGUUGCUUGGUUAAGUCACAAUUCCAGUUAGAAAAGCCCAUUAAAAAUAGGCCAAGCUGCAACAGUGUAAAAUACUGAUCAAAAGACAGUAGAGUAAGUUAAAUCACUUGCAGUA